AUGUCGGCCUUUCGUGCUGCUCCCGCGGGGGUCUUUGAGCUUCAGCGCAGCAGUUCGUUCCGAGCCCCCGCACCCUCGAAAUACCAAAAUGAAGAAGCCCAGGGCGAAGCUCGACGAGAAGCUCGACGGGAAGGAAGUGACUAUGGAGGCGAGGAAGAAGAUGAGGAGGAAGAAGUUGACGAGUCAGUACGGGAAGAUAUGACCAAGCUUGAGGAUACCUUUCCCGGCAUCUCGGAACGAUUUCGAUUAAUUAAUCGAAUUGGAGAAGGAACCUUCUCCACCGUGUACAAAGCCGAAGAUGUACUAUACGACCACUACCAGAACGAAUGGGAUGUCUUUGCGCGAGCACAACAACAAGAGGCAUGGCCAGGUCCCCCUGCCAAAAGACGUCGAAUGGAUUCGCCAUCGGCAGGAGGGCCCAAGGUCCCUCGCUAUGUCGCGUUGAAGAAAAUCUACGUCACAAGCAGUCCAAUUCGGAUUCAAAACGAACUUGAACUUCUCCACGAUCUGCGAGGCUGUAAAUCAGUCUGCCCUCUCAUUACUGCAUUCCGGUACCAAGACCAGGUCGUUGCAGUCCUUCCUUAUUUCCCACACUCCGACUUCCGCAUUCAAUACCGAACAUUCAUGGUGGCAGACAUGCGCCAUUAUCUCAGAUCACUCAUGACAGCUUUACAAUCCGUUCACGAGCACGACAUUCUACACAGAGAUAUUAAGCCAACGAAUUUCCUUUACAAUCCUGACCUGAAAGAAGGCGUACUCGUUGACUUCGGUCUUGCAGAGAACCAGGGAGCUGAGUAUACCAGCCAGUGCCUGUGUGCCCAUCAAACCUACGUUCGCCGCAGCAGAAUUCUCUCCAGCUACUACUCGAAAAACCCGCCAUCCUUAGGUCUGUCAAACGGAUAUCCAAAGAACGACUCGCGUCCGUCGAGACGAGCAAAUAGAGCAGGCACCCGAGGAUUCCGUGCUCCCGAAGUUCUAUUCAAAUGCACAUCCCAAACCACAAAAAUCGACAUGUGGUCUGUAGGCGUUAUUCUUCUCACUCUACUGGGACGCCGAUUCCCGUUCUUCAAUUCGGCUGAUGACAUCGACGCUAUGAUCGAGAUGUCAAGUAUCUUUGGAACGCGGCGCAUGAAGACUGCAGCGGCGAUGCAUGGCCAAAUAUUCGAGACGAAUAUUCCAACCAUUGGAGAAAAGGGCUACAGCUGGGAAAAGCUGGUGAAAUGGUCCAGCUGCGUUGAAGAUUUGACUGAAAGUGAGCAGCAAGCCACACGUCUUUUGGCCGGGUUGAUGGAACUAGACCCCAGCAAACGGUUGAGUGCCGAGGAAGCACUACAACAUGAAUUUUUCGUCGAUCCAAUUCAUCAUGAUGUUGAAUGGGGCGGUAACCCCGAAAGCGGAGAUUCUGGCGAAGAAGAAGAUGCCGGAGAUGACGAGGCUGAUGAGGUCGCGAUGCUAUGA